CGGAAUAAUUCUAAAAUGUCACGCUGGAGACAGCUUCUGGGGUGGGAAACCCAACCACUUUUAAAAAAAAGCAGGGAAUAAAGUAAAAUAAAAUAAAAAAAAGGAAGAAAAUGGCGUGCGUGGGCCGCCAGAUAGCCGCUAUGCCUUUGGUUCGAUGGCGCCGGUAUGUUAAAACAGGGUUUGUAUCACGGUGCGGUGGAUGUGGGGUAAGGUUUUUUUGUCUGAUAGCGUUGCCUAUCGUACCAUGGCCUUUCCAUCUGCCCCUAUCAGCCCUUUGAUCCCACUCUCCCCGCGGCCUGCCUUCUCGCCUUGUUCGCCAAGAGAGACCAUCUUUCUGUCACCCUGACGCUCAGGUACCGGGAGCCCAAAAAAGUGCGGUGACAAUUCGGGACUUGAUUCACUCCGGAAAGAAAUAAAAACAGCGAUUGG